CACCCAUAAAAGUUGGAACACUUCUGGUUCCCCAGGUUCAGAGUCUGCUGCUGCUGUCCUGUAACCAUGAUGCUCCAGGCGGCUGUGUUCGGUGUCCUCUUCUUCUCUGCCCACAGUUAUGUUAUACAGGCUCCUGUUGAGGAAAACCGUGAGGAAAACUCUGGCAACACCAUUGAAGAUGACGAUUUCAGUGUGUCCACGCUGUUGGAGAAGGCCAAUGUUAAUCUUGGAAAGAACUUGGAAGACCCUCUGGUGUUAUUCGGAGACAUAGCAGUGCCAACAGGUCUACAGAACGCUGAUCCCUGCACAGCACGUGGCUGCCUGUGGCCGAAAGCCUCCGAUGGCAACGUCUACGUACCCUACCGCAUCUCCAACCAGUACUCUGCAAGACAGAGACGAAUCAUCAUUGAAAGCCUGCAGUCAUUUGCUAAGUCCACUUGCAUCCGCUUCACCCCCUUGGCUAACGGACAGAGGGACUUUGUGGACAUCCAGUCUCGCGGAGGGUGUUUCUCAUUUAUCGGGCGUCGUGGUAAUGGCCAGAUAGUGUCUUUGAGUCGCCAGGGCUGUGUUUUUCUGAAUAUCAUCCAACAUGAGAUGCUCCACGCCCUGGGCUUCCACCACGAACAGAACCGAUCAGACAGGGACGAACAUGUUCGCAUCCUGCUGGAGAACGUCCUUCCUGGAUUGGUGUCAUAG